AGGGCUUCAAAGCCGAUAUUGGAACGGAAAGGGCAGCCUACGGCUGCGGAAAAAGGGGCCACGCUACCACGUCCCAGAGGCUCCCCGUGCAGCGCGCCCCCAGACAGGAAGUCAGGAUGGUGGGAGAACGGCGCACUGGGGACCUCAUGGUGCCCUUGGGGCCCCGGCUACAGGCAUAUCCCGAAGAGCUCCUUCGACAGCGGCCUGGGCAGGAUGGGCAUCCUGAAUACCUGAUCCGAUGGAGUGUCCUGAGGUGUGGGGAAGUGGGCAGAGUGGGUGUGGAGGAGGGCAAGGCAGAGCACAUCCUCAUGUGGCUGUCAGCCCCCGAGGUCUAUGCCAGCUGCCCCAUGCUGUUAGGGGAACGGGCGUUGUCUAAGGGACCUCAGCACGAGACAGCUGGGGGUUCAGCAAGCUUUCCCCGAGACCCAGGCGGUCUGGAUGACGUGGCCAUGGGAGAGAUGGAGGCCGACGUGCGGGCACUGGUGCGCAGGGCUGCCCGACAGCUGGCAGAAGGUGGGACCUCGAGCCUCACGGCCGCUGUGCUCCACACCAUUCACGUGCUCAGCGCCUAUGCCAGCAUCGGACCCCUCACUGGGGUCUUCAGGGAGACGGGCGCCCUGGACCUACUCAUGCACAUGUUGUGCAACCCUGAGCCUCAGAUCCGUCGGAGUGCCGGCAAGAUGCUGCAGGCCCUGGCAGCCCACGAUGCUGGGAGUCGGGCUCACGUCCUUCUGUCACUGAGCCAACAAGACGGCAUCGAGCAGCACAUGGAUUUUGACAGCCGCUAUACUUUGCUGGAACUGUUCGCAGAGACCACGUCUUCCGAGGAGCACUGCAUGGCCUUUGAGGGCAUUCACCUGCCUCAGAUCCCAGGAAAACUGCUCUUCUCCCUGGUGAAACGCUACCUGUGUGUCACUUCCCUGCUGGAUCAGCUGAAUAACAGUCCAGAGCAGGGGGCCGGAGACCGAGGCUCCCCAACCUUGAGGGAGGAUUUGGGCCGGGAGAAGAGCCGGGGACAGCGGGAGCUGGAGUUCAGUAUGGCUGUGGGCAACCUUAUCUCGGAGCUGGUGCGGAGCAUGGGCUGGGCCCGGAACCUCAGCCAACAGGGCACGUUGCCACCCCGGCCGACCCGGUCCAUCUUUCAGCCCAGCAUUUCAAGCCCCAGCCUUUUACUCCCCACCAUCGUUGCGACCCCCAGGAGGCAAGGGCGGGCCUUCCGCCAGCGUGCUGAAUUCUCCAGCCUUAGUGGCUACGGUGAGUAUGUGCAGCAGACCCUGCAGCCGGGGAUGCGAGUGCGGAUGCUGGAUGACUACGAAGAGAUCAGCGCGGGGGACGAGGGCGAGUUCCGGCAGAGCAACAAUGGCGUGCCCCCUGUGCAGGUCUUCUGGCAGUCGACGGGCCGUACCUACUGGGUGCACUGGCACAUGCUGGAGAUCCUGGGUCCUGCGGAGACUGCUGAGGACACAGCUUCAGUGGCUGCGGAGAAGGGGGCGGGGGCUGCUGUGUUGGGCACAGCACUCCCCUCCUGGGACUGGAAGCCAGUGGACGGGCUCUGCUCUUUGCCAUACCUCCAGCCCGAGCCUCAGAGGAACGAGGAACCGGGUUACCUGACCCAGGCUGAGUGGUGGGAGCUGCUCUUCUUCAUCAAGAAGUUGGAUGUAUGUGAGCAGCAGCCAAUUUUCCAGAGACUUCGGGAGAACCUGGAUGAGAUCCUGGAUGAGAAGGCCCUGGGUGAAAUGUCUGUCUCCGUGGCCAUGGCAGAGGGUCUGCUGCAGGUUCUCAGGAAUCGGUUUGACGGCAGCACCCUCAGCGACCUGCUCAACUCCCAGAUCUACACCAAAUACGGGCUGCAGCCCGAUGCUCUAAGUGGCUCGUCACAAAGCCACUCCAGUACCCUGGAUCCUGAAGAGGAGUCGAAGUCAGAGGCCACCUUCUCAGAGGAGGAGACUGAGUCUCCCAAAGUGAAGGCCGAGCCCCUCAAGGCAGAGGCAGAGCCGGUCAAGGGAAAAACUGAGCCGCCCAUGGCACAGAGCGAUUCGCAGCUGUUCAACCAGCUUCUGGUGACUGAGGGGAUGGCUCUGCCCCCCGGGAUGAAGGAGGCAGCCAGUGAAAUGAUUAGAGCCUUGCGGGGUCCUGGGCCACGCAGCUCUCUGGACCAGUACGUGGCAGCAGUCGUGGCCACUGUGCAAAUCUCCAGCUUGGACACCAGUCUGCAGCUCUCAGCACUCUGUGCUCUCUCCCAGGCCGUGGAGGAGGUCACAGAGCGAGACCACCCUCUGGUCCGUCCCGACAGAUUCCUGAGGGAGAAGCUGGUGAAGACGCUGGUGGAGCUGCUGACCAACCAGGUAGGAGAGAAGAUGGUGGUGGUGCUGGCUCUGCGGCUCCUUUACCUGCUCAUGACCAAGCACGAGUGGCGCCCGCUCUUCGCCAGGGAGGGCGGCAUCUACGCUGUGCUGGUCUGCAUGCAAGAGUACAAGACUUCCGUCUUGGUGCAGCAGGCGGGGCUGGCGGCGCUGAAGAUGCUGGCCAUCGCCAGCUCCUCGGAGAUCCCCACGUUUGUCACCGGCCAAGAUUCCGUCCACCCUUUGUUUGACGCCCAGAUGACCAGGGAGAUCUUCGCCAGCAUCGACUCGGCCACCCGCCCGGACUCUGAGAGCCUGCUCCUCACUGUCCCUGCUGCCGUGGUCCUUAUGCUGAACACAGAGGGGUGCUCCUCCGCGGUGAGAAACGGCCUCCUCCUGCUCAACCUACUUUUGUGCAACCACCACACUCUGGGAGACCAGAUCAUCACCCGUGAGCUGAGAGACACCUUGUUUAGACACUCAGGCAUAGCACCGGGGACAGAACCCAUGCCCACCACCCGCACCAUCCUCAUGAUGCUUCUCAAUCGCUACUCGGAGCCACCUGGCAGCCCCGAGCCUGCAGCAGCACCGGAGACCCCCAGUGCCCAGGGCCAGGAGGGGUCCCCUGAGCUGCUGAUCCGAUCCCUGGUGGGGGGCCCGUCUGCAGAACUCCUCCUGGACUUGGAGCGCGUUCUAUGCCGAGAGGGCGGCCCGGGGGGUGCCGUGAAGCCCCUCCUCAAGCGCCUCCAGCAGGAGAGCCAGCCCUUCCUCCUGUUCCUGUGGACUCUGGACGCCCCCGGGCCCAAUAAAACCCUACUGCUGACGGCGCUGAGGGUCAUGACCCAGCUGCUGGAUCACACUGAGGCCAUGGUCCUCCCCUGGCACGAGGUCUUGGAGCCCUGCCUCAACUGUCUGAGUGGCCCCGGCAGUGACUCUGAGAUUGUCCAGGAGCUGCUGUGCUUCCUGUAUCGCCUGGCCUCCACGCACAAGGACUACGCGGUGGUGCUCUGCUGCCUGGGAGCCAAAGACGCCCUCACCAAGGUCCUGGAGAAGCACUCGGCUCAGCUGCUGCUGGCCUGCGAGCUGCGGGACCUGGUGACAGAGUGUGAGCAGCACGCCCAGCUCUACAGCAACCUCACCUCCAGCAUCCUGGCGGGCUGCAUUCAGAUGGUGCUGGGCCAGAUCGAAGAUCACAGACGAACCCACCGCCCCAUCAACAUCCCCUUCUUCGACGUGUUCCUUAGGCAUCUCUGCCAGGGCUCCAGCGUGGAAGUGAAAGAGGACAAGUGCUGGGAGAAGGUGGAGGUGUCGUCCAACCCGCACCGGGCCAGCAAGCUGACAGAUCGCAACCCGAAGACCUACUGGGAGUCCAACGGCAGCACCGGCUCCCACUUCAUCACCCUCCACAUGCACCGUGGUGUUCUUGUGAGGCAGCUGACUCUUCUGGUGGCCAGUGAGGACUCGAGUUACAUGCCGGCCCGGGUGGUGGUGUUUGGGGGUGACAACGCCAGCUGCAUCAACACGGAGCUCAAUACGGUGAACGUGAUGCCCUCUGCCAGCCGGGUGGUCCUCCUGGAGAACCUGAGCCGCGUCUGGCCCGUCAUCCAGAUCCGCAUAAAGCGCUGCCAGCAGGGCGGCAUCGACACCCGGGUUCGGGGUGUGGAGGUCCUCGGCCCCAAGCCCACUUUCUGGCCGCUGUUUCGAGAGCAGCUGUGUCGCCGUACAUGUCUCUUCUACACCAUUCGGGCCCAAGCUUGGAGCCGGGACAUCGCGGAGGACCGCAAGCGCCUCCUCCAGCUCUGUCCCAGACUGAACAGGGUUUUGCGUCACGAGCAGAAUUUUGCAGAUCGCUUCCUCCCUGAUGAAGAGGCCGCCCAAGCGCUGGGCAAGACCUGCUGGGAGGCCCUGGUCAGCCCCCUGGUGCAGAACAUCACCUGCCCGGAUGCGGAAGGUGUGAGCUCCCUGGGGUGGCUGCUGGAUCAGUACCUAGAGCAGAGGGAGAGCUCUCGGAGCCCCCGGAGUCGAGCCGCAUCCUUUGCCUCUCGUGUGCGUCGCCUUUGCCACUUGCUGGUGCACGUGGAGCCUCCUCCCGGACCUUCUCCUGAGCCAUCCGCCCGGCCCCCCAGCAAGAGCAGUAAGGGUCGGGACUGGAGCCCCGGGCCUUCCCCCGUUCUUCCAAGCAGCAGCUUGAGGAACAUAACGCAGUGCUGGCUGAGCGUGGUACAGGAGCAGGUCAGCACAUUCCUGGCUUCGGCCUGGAGGGCCCCGGACUUCGUGCCCCGCUACUGUAAACUCUACGAGCGCUUGCAGAGGGCAGGCUUGGAGCUCUUUGGGCCCCGGGCGGCCUUCACGCUGGCCCUGCGCAGCGGCUUCUCUGGUGCCUUGCUGCAGCAGUCUUUCCUCACCGCUGCCCACAUGAGUGAGCAGUUCGCCCGGCACAUUGACCAGCAGAUCCAGAGUGGCCUGAUGGGUGGAACCCCUGGAGUGGAAGUACUGGGGCGGCUCCAGUGGCACCUGGAGCCCAUCAUGGUCCUCUCUGGCCUGGAGCUCGCCACAACUUUUGAGCACUUCUACCAGCACUACAUGGCGGACCGUCUUCUGAGCUUGGGCUCAAGCUGGCUGGAGGGGGCCGUGCUGGAGCAGAUCGGCCUUUGUUUCCCCAACCGCCUCCCCCAGCAGAUGUUGCGGAGCCUGAGCACCUCGGAGGAGCUGCAGCGCCAGUUCCACGUAUACCAGCUCCAGCAGCUGGACAAGCUGUUCUUGGAGCAGGAGGAUGAGGAGGAACAGGGCCUGGAAGAAGAGGAGGAGGAAGAGGAGGAAGAGGAGGCCGAGAAAGAGCUCUUUAUCGAAGAUCCAAGUCCAACAGUCUCUGUACUGGUCCUGUCACCACGCUGCUGGCCCGUCUCCCCUCUCUGCUACCUGUACCAUCCCAGAAAGUGCCUUCCCACAGAAUUCUGUGAUGCUCUUGACCGCUUCUCCAGUUUCUACAACCAGAGUCAGAACCAUCCGGUCCUGGACGUGGGGCCACACCGGCGACUGCAGUGGACGUGGCUGGGCCGGGCGGAGCUGCAGUUCGGGGACCAGACGCUGCAUGUGUCCACCGUGCAGAUGUGGCUGCUACUGCAUUUCAAUCAGAUGGAGGAGGUGUCAGUAGAGGCUUUGCUGAAGAAGUCUGACCUCAGCCCUGAGCUGCUGCUCCAGGCCCUCCUACCCCUCACCUCUGACAGCGGCCCUUUGACCCUACAGGAGGGUCAGGACUUCCCACCUAGGGGUGUGCUGCGUCUCCGGGAGCCUGGGCUCCGGCCCCGAGGGGAGGCCCUGUGGCUGCUGCCUCCCCAGACAUACCUGAACGUGGAGAAGGAUGAAGGCCGGACCCUGGAGCAGAAGAGGAACCUCCUGAACUGUCUUCUUGUCCGUAUUCUCAAAGCGCACGGGGAGAAGGGCCUCCACAUUGACCAGCUGGUUUGUCUGGUUCUGGAGGCCUGGCACAAGGGUCCAAAUCCCCCUGGAAGCCUGGGCCGCGCCAUUGCCGGGGGUGUGGCCUGUACCAGCACGGAUGUCCUCUCUUGCAUUCUUCACCUCCUGGGCCAGGGCUAUGUGGAACGGCGAGAUGACUGGCCCCAGAUCCUCACGUACGCCACUCCGGAGCCCUCGGGGCCCUGCCGGGGCCAGGCAGAGAUUCCUUUCUUUGGCAGCCAGACCUCUGAGACCUCCAAGAUGAGCCCAGAAGCCGUGGCUGCCCUGGCUUCCCUCCAGCUGCCUGCGGGCCGCACCAUGAGCCCCCAGGAGGUGGAAGGGUUGAUGGAGCAGACGGUGCGGCAGGUGCAGGAGACGUUGAACCUGGAGCCCGACGUGGCACAGCACCUCCUGGCUCAUUCCCACUGGGGCGCCGAGCAGCUGCUGCAGAGCUACAGCGACGACCCCGAGCCGCUGCUGCUGGCAGCCGGGCUGUGCGUGCCCCAGGCCCAGGCCGCCCCCGCGCGCCCUGACCACUGCCCCGUGUGCGUCAGCCCCCUGGCGCCUGACCACGACUUGCCCACCCUCUGCUGCCGGCACUACUGCUGUAAGUCUUGCUGGAAUGAAUAUCUCACAACGCGAAUUGAACAGAACCUCGUGCUGAACUGCACCUGCCCCAUUGCCGACUGUCCAGCCCAGCCCACGGGGGCCUUCAUCCGUGCCAUUGUCUCUUCACCAGAGGUCAUCUCCAAGUACGAGAAGGCCCUCCUGCGUGGCUACGUGGAGAGCUGCGCCAACCUGACCUGGUGCACCAACCCCCAGGGCUGUGACCGCAUCCUCUGCCGCCAGGGCCUGGGCUGUGGGACCGCCUGCUCCAAGUGCGGCUGGGCCUCCUGCUUCAGCUGUAGCUUCCCUGAGGCACACUACCCUGCCAGCUGCGGCCACAUGUCUCAGUGGGUGGAUGAUGGCGGCUAUUACGAUGGCAUGAGCGUGGAGGCCCAGAGCAAGCAUCUGACAAAGCUCAUCUCCAAGCGCUGCCCCAGCUGUCAGGCUCCCAUUGAGAAGAAUGAGGGGUGUCUGCACAUGACCUGUGCCAAAUGCAAUCAUGGAUUCUGCUGGCGCUGCCUCAAGUCCUGGAAGCCAAAUCACAAAGACUAUUACAACUGCUCUGCCAUGGUAAGCAAAGCCGCGCGCCAGGAGAAGCGCUUCCAGGACUACAACGAGAGGUGUACUUUCCAUCACCAGGCCCGGGACUUUGCUGUGAACUUGCGGAACCGUGUGUCUGCCAUCCAUGAGGUGCCCCCGCCCAAAUCCUUCACCUUCCUCAGUGAUGCCUGCCGGGGUCUCGAGCAGGCACGAAAGGUGCUGGCCUACGCCUGCGUGUACAGCUUCUACAACCAGGACACAGAGCACAUGGACGUGGUGGAGCAGCAGAUCGAGGCCCUGGAGCUGCACACCAACGCCCUGCAGAUCCUCCUGGAGGAAACGCUGCUGCACUGCAGAGACCUGGCCUCCUCGCUGCGCCUCCUGCGGGCUGAGCACCUCAACACCGGCCUGGAGCUGCUGCGGCGGAUCCAGGAACGGCUGCUGGCCAUCCUGCAGCACUCCACCCAGGAAUCCCGCCCUCAGGGAGCUUAUGGACUGGUCCGUAACUUGGGCAGAAAAGGCAUGAUCACACAAUGGAUUUCCGGGUUGGUCUCCAGAGUCCAUCAUCCGAGUCCCGGGAGGCGAAAGGACCCAACGUGCCUGGCAGUCAGCCCCAGGGCUCCUCGGGACUGGAGGUGGAGGAGGAUGAGGACGAGGACGAGGACGAGGACGACGUGCCCGAGUGGCAGCAGGACGAAUUUGAGGAGGAGCUGGACAAUGACAGCUUCUCCUACGAUGAGGAGUCUGAGAACCUGGACCGAGAGACUUUCUUCUUCGGCGACGAGGAGGACGAUGAUGAGGGCUACGACUGAGGGGGCAGGAUGCAGGGAGCGCUGGGGUCACGGGUCAGGCAUGCACCACUGUCCCCUCACAUGGGGGCAGGUGGUUACCAGUGUCUGGCCCCAUCUUCUGUUCACUGAAUAAACUUUUUUUUUCAUAUA